UCAAAGUCAGCUUAUCCUUUCUCAAAUCUCUCGAGCCCUCGACGCAGAUCCAGCGGAGUGUAGACGCCGAGCGGAACAAUCGCCAGGAUGGUCUGUAUUGCGUGCCUGUUGCCUUUGUUCUUGAUCCCCGUCGUUAACGCCUUGCCUCUGCUCUUCGAUCUCAUCGUCGGUAAGAUCUACAGGCUUUUCGGCUGGGAAUACAGAAAGCCUGCAAGGGUGCCAGCUGCUUGUCCAUACAAGCCUGCUUCAAAAAAUGUUGAUGGUUUAAAUGCAGGUACAGAGUCUCUUGUGGAACCUCAUAAAAAUUCUGCUACACAAUCUGAUAAAAAAGAAGAAUAGAAUCAGAGUCAGCAGCUGUUUCCAUGCCAAAUGAACAGUUUGAAGUUUGUAUAA